AUGAGAUCGGAAACCACAGGCCUUGACCUGCCUAUAAUUCGUGAAAUCAAGGGAAGGAAUUUCCAGAACAAAUCAUCCCCCCCCCAAGCGCUUUGUUGUUAG